UUGUAGGCCAUCACUCACGGUGAGACGCCACUCGAAGUGGCAGUAUUUGUGAGAAGGUGGUGUCAGAUUCCUGGUCUCCCGGACCAACAUGUCCUAUUGACAAUCACGACAUCAGGUUGCUCGCUGGACUCGGAACCCUCCCAUUUCCCUUUUCUGACAAUGGCAUGCUUAUACUCUUAUCAAAACCACGGCAACGGUACAAAUGGAAAAAGAAAUAUUCACUCCACAUCAUCACCUAGCUUUUGCUGUUAACAGUUGGAAGUAGGUAGCAGGAACAACCCACAAGAUCCGGCAAGUGUGGAGGAUCUUCACUCAGCAUAUGGAUUUAUAGCAGCAAAAUAUACAGGGCAGAAAUCCAGGCAGUGAGCAGACUGAUCUGCAACUAACAGCGCCAAAUCUACGCUCACCUGUAUGAAGCUUUUUUUUUGGUAAAGCUACUCAAUUGUCAAACCAAAAUAGUGAAUAAGCUAAUCAAAUGGCAGCCACAAAAGGAUCUGGAUGUGGUGAAGUUGAAAUUUAGCAUCAGAAUGGGAAAGAAAAGGGAUCAAAUUUAAUUUACUUUGAACACAACAUGGUUGUUGGUCCUGAAAGUAUCAAACUACUGGUCUUCUGUGGUCUUCACUCCCAUUUGUAUGAUUGGUAUAUAUAGGCUUAUAUAGCCUGAAAAAGAGAAAAUAACAACUGAGCUUCCAUAAUAAUAAUAAUAAAAAAAAACCCUCUUUGGUGUGAAAGGUUAAAGAACAUGGAGGCUAGUUUGAGAUUAAAGAAAAGCAAACAUAGAACCUUAAAGCAGAUGGGUUAAUGCUGCAGGAAACCACACAGGAUGCCACUCCUUUCACCUAAAACAGAGAACUGAGGCUACAAUUUGCACAAGAUCACUAAAGACCAGGUCCAACCCGAACUAACAAAGUUUACCUAAUAAAUAGAGUCGAUACAACUAAAGAAAAGCAUGUACAUCUUUGCGGGGGGAAAAAAACUAUUUUUUUUUUAUUAUUUUAGGUUUUCUUACAAUAAACUCCUAAAUGGGGAGUUUAAAUUCCUUAUUUAGCUAAGUAUUUGAGCUAGUUUGGUGGCUGGACACCAACCAAUUUAAAUAAACUCUACCAGUUCAAGGGGGAGUGAUUACAUAUUAAAGGAAAAUGCUGAGAUGUUGAUGUCUAAGAAAAGCUUGUGGUUUCCCUGACAGGCACUUACUAAUAUUAAGGUGUGUGUUGACUGAUUCAUAACCCUGUGUGAAUUAAAAACAGUUGAAGACAUAAAGAACCAAGUCAGUUCUUUAUGUAGCGAUUUGUUACGCAUUUAAUUUCAGACAGCAUUUUACGAGGGUAUAGCAUUUAACCAAGUUUUAAUAGUUGAGAGAGGAUUUUGACUUUGGCAACAUGGCUCUGCACAUGUUCAUAAGGCACUGUUAUCUUUUUAUACUGUAGAAGAACAAUGUUUAGACAAUGAACCCGUAGUGAAAAUUAGUGCUAUAUAAACAUGGAGAACAAUAGAAAAUGUUCAAAGUCGUAUCUCUGAAUCCCACAUAUCCGCACAUGCGCAGUUUGAUCAAAACAAUUAAAGAGCAGAUUUUAUGACAAUCGCAGAUCUGUGAUUUAUUGUGAAUUUCAUAAAACGUUAUUUUGUUUUAUAAUAGGAAUAUAAUUAACAUAGACUCAGCGUGAUUACCCUACCUGUGUAGCAGCAUUCAUAAUGUAAUGUAUAGCGAGGCGAGCUGCACCGCAGCGCCACGCCUGUCACGGUUCAGUCAGAGCGUGGUGGGUGGAGGAGAGAUUUUGUUUAUUUUCGUGGCCAAUUAGGCAUUCAGCUGGAUUUUGUUAGCAUAAAAAUACUGGUUGAAUUUAAAUGAAGCGUUGUAGAUUGAUUAGGUGAACGUGUGCGGAGAAGACUGGUUAGUGGUUGUUUGAUUUCGUGAGAUGCUGGAUUUCGGGAACAACAGAAAGGAAGGUUCGUCAGCGUCAAGUUGGUCUGUUAGCAAGCUAGCAACAAUAUCCAAAACGUAAGAUAGCCAGUCAGGUUUUAGGUAUCUAAAGCUUCGUUGACUCCAUCUUCUCCGAGUGGAUCUACGCUGCUUUUCUGUGAAUUAAUCUGGUUCAGGUAAGGUGUUCAUUUCUGUGAACCAGCGAGGAUCCCCGUAUGACCAUGUUUCUCUGAAAAGAGCUAACUCUUUUACUCCAGAAUUAUUUUUUAGGUGGCUAAACGUGGGCUGCUUUGGUUAGAGGAAUAAUUUCUCAUUGUCACUACAACAACAAAAGAAAACCCAUAAAGGACGCAGCUGGAAAGCCCACCCAGUCCUGAAAACUACAAAGCAAGAUGUCAAUCACAAACACUCCUACAAGCAACGAUGCUUGCCUGAGCAUCGUGCACAGCCUCAUGUGCCACCGGCAGGGAGGGGAAAGUGAAAGCUUUGCAAAGCGGGCCAUUGAGAGUCUUGUCAAGAAGCUGAAGGAGAAGAAGGAUGAGCUGGAUUCUCUAAUUACUGCCAUCACCACAAACGGGGCUCAUCCUAGCAAGUGCGUAACCAUACAGCGAACUUUGGACGGACGCCUACAGGUUGCAGGGCGUAAAGGUUUCCCCCAUGUCGUCUAUGCCAGACUGUGGCGAUGGCCAGACCUCCACAAGAAUGAGUUAAAACAUGUGAAGUACUGCCAGUAUGCCUUUGACCUGAAAUGUGACAGUGUCUGUGUCAACCCAUACCACUACGAGAGGGUCGUUUCUCCAGGAAUUGACUUAUCAACAUUGACCCUUUCAAAUUCAGGUCCUCUUAUAGUGAAAGACGAGUUUGAUUAUGAAAACCAGCAGUCGCACUCCAGCUCUGAAAGCCACCUGCAGACAAUCCAGCACCCUCCAUCGAGGCCUGUCCCCCCGGAUACGUUCAGCAACAACCCCCUACUGCCCCCAUCGGAGGGCAGCACUUCAGCUUCCUCUUCUGCUUUCUCCACCAUUAGUGCUGGACCUUCAAAUCCCACUCCGAACUGGAGCAGAAACAGCAGCUUCCCCCCAGCGGUGCCACAACACCAGAAUGGGCAUCUACAGCAUCACCCCCCGAUGCCUCACACAGGCCAUUACUGGCCUGUUACCAAUGAAAUUGCAUUCCAACCGCCUAUAUCCAACCACCCAGCUCCGGAAUACUGGUGCUCCAUUGCGUAUUUUGAGAUGGAUGUCCAGGUUGGUGAGACUUUUAAGGUGCCGUCCACAUGUCCGAUAGUCACUGUGGACGGUUACGUGGAUCCAUCAGGAGGAGAUCGCUUCUGCCUGGGCCAGCUGAGCAAUGUCCACAGGACAGAGAACAUUGAGAGAGCAAGGCUUCACAUCGGCAAAGGUGUGCAGCUGGAAUGCAAAGGUGAAGGGGACGUGUGGGUGCGCUGUUUGAGCGAUCAUGCAGUGUUCGUUCAGAGCUACUAUCUGGAUCGAGAAGCCGGGCGCGCCCCGGGCGACGCCGUUCAUAAAAUCUACCCCAGUGCUUACAUCAAGGUGUUCGACCUGCGCCAGUGCCACAGGCAGAUGCAGCAGCAGGCGGCGACGGCGCAGGCAGCAGCUGCAGCUCAGGCAGCAGCCGUGGCUGGGAACAUCCCGGGCCCGGGCUCAGUGGGAGGCAUCGCCCCUGCCAUCAGUUUGUCUGCCGCGGCGGGAAUCGGAGUCGACGACCUGCGCAGGCUGUGCAUUUUGCGCAUGAGCUUUGUGAAAGGCUGGGGGCCCGACUACCCGCGGCAAAGCAUCAAGGAGACCCCCUGCUGGAUCGAAAUCCAUCUACACCGAGCUCUGCAGCUUCUUGACGAAGUUCUGCACACCAUGCCCAUAGCUGACCCUCAACCUCUUGAUUGAAGUAACAUUCAACAAACUGUACAAAAAUGAAAACACAAAAGUAAAAAAAGACAAUUAAAAAAAAAAAUACUCGUGACUGACCACUCCAUCUGUAGGCCUGGAGUGCUAAAGGAGGACUGCAAUCAUAUGAAUGUUGUAUAGCUCGUAGUUGAAGAAAGGACCUAAAGGCCGGCGGUAUACUCCAAACUGGAAAUCACACAGUCAGCACUAUAAUCACUAAAUUUCAGGACGCUGCUGAUUGAGCACAUCACAGUAUUUUUGAAAACAUUUUACCAGCAUCAUGCAAAUUAAAGUGUCGUCCCUCUGUUAACGUACAUGAAUUGUGUAAAACAAAGUCUUUAUCCAAAAUAAUAAAAAAAAAAUGUUUCUACAAUCAUAAAAUAUCCUCAAUCUGUUUACUGUAAUGUCUCGUCUGUUUGUCCUGAAUGUAUUUGUAGUUGGAGUAUACUGCUGGUAUGUUGGGCUGAAAAGGCUUUCUCUAACAAGAAAGCCAUUUUCUCCCUCUCAGAUCAGGGCCUAUAUGAAAAACUGUAUGUUACUCAUUCUCUUGUAAUCUU